AUGGAGAUUGACAACGCUAAUAGGGAUUGGAGUCGAGAUUGGCACUCGAAUAAUGCUCCGGCUGCCGAGACCCCCUCUGCGACUCCUUUGCAACCUAGGCGGAAGAGAGCCCCAGUUGCCUAUGUCGUCGCCUUCGAAGCAAAUGUGUUCAUGAAAAUGCAGAACCUCCGUGUCAGCUUUGCAGAGCAGCGGGGCCAGCCACAGCGACAGCUUGUGGAGACAGUGAUGAGAUCCCCUGGAAUUAGAUCUUCGCUUGCGGAAUCUAUUUUAGAAACGGAUCCCGAUCCUUGGAAUGUCCUACCACCCUUUGAAGAAGUGGUCGAGGGUUGUAGAACAUUUUUCACAACUUGCUUUCAACUUGGCUUUCUCCCGAAAGCCAUAUUCCUAGAACGCCUUGCAGUGGAUCGAAAGUCAAUUGGUGUGUUUUUCCUGCUAAGCAUACUCAGUGUUUCUGCAAGGUUCACCAAAUGCCUCAUCGAUCGAUAUGGAGAUGCAAAUAAAGCAAUAGACUAUUUUAUCAUGAAAGCUAGCGAUCUCCUCCCCUCUGAGAUCUACAACCCUAGCUUGGAAAGAACCCAGGCAUUCUUCUUGCUAGGUGUCUCUGAAUGGACUCAAGGGAAUAGGACCCGCAGUGCUGUGAGAUAUAUCCAAUACUGUGGUUUAGCAUUGGCUGACUGGUUAGAUUCACAUGGGAAUUGCUGUCCGAAGUAUGCGACUCUAAACAACUACAGAAAUGUGUUACUAAUAUCUCGGGGGCAGUGGCCGGAAUUCAACAUCUUCACAGAGAAGAGAGCUAUAUUCUUCCUAAAGAUGCAACAACUACAGAGAUCAUUAAUUCUGAAGUUGCUAGACGUACAUUCUGGGUCUUACAGAGCAAGUCAAGAUCAUUUGUAUUCCGAGCACAACGCGGCAGUCUCUUUUCCUUUGACUGAUAUCACUGCAUUGCUUCCAUCCGACGAGACUGACUUUGCAUACGGAGCCAUACCACAGCAACGAGCCGCACUGCAAGGGACCCAAGCCGCUUUGAAGAACCCAGAACUGUGUUCCCUACAAUCGCGCUCGCCAUUUGCUACUCUGAUCGAGGCUCACAGCCAUUGGGGCGAAAUAGCACGACGAGCUGGUCGAGCCAGCCGAAGCGAGAGAGAAAGAGCAGACGAGAGAGUCAAACCCUGGGAGAGGGCUAGCGAGUAUUCCCAGGUGACGAAAAGACUAAAAGAGUGGGAAGAACAUGUCCCAGUACGCCAUCGUUGGUCUUUGAUCAACCUGCGAGGUCACAAGGCCGAGUUCUUGGACUUGGCGUACCUGUCACAGACAAUGGUCGUUAGAAUUAACAAUAUCGUAAUUCGCCGGAUCUAUCUCGAGGAUAUUCUCGAAUCGAGACUUGGCACAUCAUCUUCAGAGUACGCUGUCCCCGAGUUCUGGACCCAGAUGUCGCACGAGUUGUUCACCAAUGUUUAUAAUUUACAUGAGCAAUUUGACACUUGGUUCACCCUACGUUCAGCAGAUGAAGGCAUUCCGUCGAUCGUUGUAUUUGGUGUCUAUAUAUGUGGCUCAUUGGCAUCAUAUCUCUGGAAAUGGCCUCAAUUGUGUCCCCAACUCGCCGAGGGCGCUGAAGGAAUCCUCAAUCGAUCCCUGGAAGUUCUAGCGGCGUUGAUGGAUCGCUUGCCUCAUGUGUCGAAGUGGUUGCAUGCCCUGCAAAAGAUUGCAGUACCUCUCCAGGCCAGAGGUGCAAUGGAUGGUCAUUUAUUGCAGCCCGAAAAGAGCUUCGCUGCGUUGUCGACUCUUACCCAAUCUGUCGAAAUACGUCAAACUGUGCCCAGGGCGGACCAAUCAUCAACGCAAACAACACAAGACUCUAUCAAGACACACGUGCUGGGUGACAGAACCUCUAGUCAGCUAAACACAGAGUUUGUGACACAUCGCCAGACAUACAACAGCCACUUGCAUUUCACUCCUGGCCCGAUUGGAGAUGACAUGUCGCGGAACGAAUAUUGUCCUCGAUCUGGAGAAGGCGUGGGCGGGAUGAGCAGUUUAGAUUUCAAUUCUGGAUAUAGCUUUGAUGAAGAGCUUAUGCGCUUGCUGCAGGAAGGGAUGUGA